AUGUGUCCCCUGGGAGACGCAAAAGCGGCUGGACAGACUGUUUGCGUUUUCGCGGUUGGUAUUACAAGAAUUAAAAAAACAGGGAGAGAAGGAAGUAAAAAAGAAGACCAGCUGACUUUACGUUGGUUCUUAUGCACUGUAUAUAUCCUUUCUGAGGUUGUUCUCGCGCUGUGUGCGAUGACAGACUUUAACUUUAAACGGUUCACGUAGGAGUGGAGGGCGCCUGGCCGACCGGCUCACUACCGCAGCCUGAAGGUGUCUUUCCUGCCGGUUAGUGAGUGGAUGUUGUUUUCCGUGGCGGAUGGCUGAAAUGACAUGUCCGUCGGAAGACAAAGAGCUGCAGGAACAGCUGAGGGAGGCGUCAGCCAUUGGUAAUAUCGACGAGGUUCAGACCCUGGUGGAGAGGGGAGUUGAUGUGAACUCGCAAAAUGAGAUCAACGGCUGGACCUGUUUGCAUUGGGCAUGCAAGCGGAAUCACAGACAGAUUGUGUCUUACCUGUUAAAUGCAGGUGCCGACAAAGAGAUUCUCACUGCAAAGGGGGAAAGAGCUGCGCAGCUAACUUCAAAACCUGAUAUCAGGAAACUUUUGGGAGUGGAAGAAAAUGAAAUAAUUGAAGCAAAAGAAGCUGAGCUGCCUAUAACAGCAAACUACCUUACACAUCCGCAGUUCCCAUAUGCAGUAAGUGGUAAGAGUGCACCGGCAUCAAGCGCCCAAGGCAGAUGUUACACUGAGAGCAAUGGGGCACUUGAAGCUGUCCACGAUGAAGGCACUACAAUUUUUCCAGCAAUUAAAGAAGCAAAUGUGCACAACAACACAGUUUCACACAAUGGAGAAUCUCACGUGCAUGCAGCUGAACACAAUGGCGCCCCUCCUCAAAGUGCAGUGACUGCAGUAGCUCCAGAAGCUGUUCUCCCAAGCCAUGGGGAAUACCGAACACAGAAUGGACUGGUUUGCACACCGCUACUUUCACCAAGUGCAAGUGGAGGCCCACCUGUCCCACCCACACGACAACAGUCAAUACCUCAGCAGCUGCACAGUGCCCAGGUGGGAGCCAUGCCAGCUUUUCAGCCAUUUUUUUUCACGGGUGCUUUUCCCAUGAAUAUGCAAGAACUGGUGCUGAAAGUUCGAAUCCAAAACCCGGCUCUGAAGGAGAAUGACUUUAUUGAAGUUGAACUAGAUCGGCAAGAGCUUACUUACAGAUCUUUGCUCAGGGUGUGCUGUCGAGAACUUCAAGUCAGCACCGAUCACGUGCAGAAGAUAAGAAAGCUACCAAACACCAUAUUAAGAAAAGACAAAGAUGUUGCAAGACUGCAAGACUUCCAGGAACUUGAACUGGUUUUAGAUAAAAGUGAAAAUCUUUCUUUACUGGCCAAUGCUGGACAAGCCACUUUAACGGAGAAGCCUUGCUACAACAUGAAGGCUUCAAAGCUCACGUACUAAAUUUUUAUUCAGAGUGAUUUAGAUACUUUCUUGAUUUUUGUGAAAUUCUCUUUUAUUCUUUAUAACACUAAUUUACUGUUUUAUAUACUGCAUAAUAUAAUUUUUCAGAUUAUUAUUCUGUGUUUUCUUUUUAAUAAGAUGGCAAAGGAGUGAUUUAUCCAUUAGAAACUGUGAUGUACACCUUUUUUUCUUUAAGAAGGCCCUUUCAACUAACCUUUUUGGAAUUUAAUUGCAUAUGAGCUGUUUCUUACUCUUUAUCUAUUAAGUAGUUAAUGGUCAAGGCGUUCUCAUAUUUUUGCAGACUGAAUACAUUUUUUUGUGCAGUUUUUCUCAAGUUUGGUCCUGCCUGCAUCAAGCCAGUGGAUAGUUCUUGUCCCUUCUUGCAGCACUUUUUUUUUUUUUGAUAGGUCUUAGGUUGAAAAGUAGGACCCAUGUUAUGUUUUGCACAUUUUUAAGUUGGUGUUCAUCUAUACUGUUUGAGACAUUUUCUUUUUUGUGUAAAAAUGCAGCCUAUCCCAGCCUGAUAUGCACUACGUUAGUGGACGUACAGGGUCUUGCUUUGAGCAGUACAUGCUGUGCACACUGAAAAGCAAAACUGAACAAUUUUUUUCAAAUCCAUUGACAAUUUAGAUUUUAUCAGCUUUCCAAGUAAACUUCAUUGCUUUCCUAUUUAGUUGAAUCGAGCAUUUAUCUCCCCAUGUCUAAUUUCCUACUUGAAUUUUCUGUUUAAUUUUAAAUUGACUAACAAAAACAUGUACUGCCCAAUCACACUUCGCAAUUUGCCAUCAAAGUCAAUUUUCCUUUUCUUAGUUGGCUAACUGUUUGGUUAGCAUUUGUUAUCACUUGCAAAAAGACGUUUAAUCUUAUUUUCAGAGGUAUAUGAUUGGUAUUUUUAACUUUGUAUUUGGGUUAACAUAUUUUACAAUUACUAGGAUUAAGGAUGGAACAGUGACUAUUAAAAAGCACAAUUAUUUUAAAUAAGUUGAUCUACUAAAUCACUAGACAAAGCUAGUGAUCAUUAUUAACCAGUCACUCAGGUUUAAUAUUUGCCUUGUUAUGUUAAAGCAUUAGAUUAUAACUAACCUAAAUUACAUGUUUCUAUAUACACAAACCCUUUUGUGACUGUAAAAUAAAGGCAGCUUACCUCAUGAAAAGUACUAUCAAUUUAAAGAAUUUUAUAUUUAAUCUUACUGUAAUAUAGUAAUUCAUUAGUUCUUUUAUAACCUGUUGGUGUAACUUUAUGUUAAUGGCUAAUAGUAGUAUGACUGUUAUUUUAGAAAGGAUAAUAUAGGUGCUGUUGUUUUAUGGUUUGUAUAGCCUGUAAUUUGGUAUUUUAGUCUGUUCACAUACCUCUGUACUGGCAGAGGAGACCUAAAUGUCAUGUUAACUUUGUCCCCGUCUCUGUUGAAGCUGCUUUUUUCCUCCACUAUAUGACUUCAGUUUUGCUUAGGAAUCUGUUGCCGGAUUCUUUCCCAGAAUAAGGAGUCACUGUCAUGUAGCACUUUUUUCAAAGGCAAAAAUUCAAAACAAUAGAGUAUUGAAAUUAUUAGACAGCCUAUGGACAAAUGUUUUGUUUACCUUCAGUACAAAGUAUAACCGUGCAUUUCUCCAUAUUAGUGGUUCAAUAUAUGCACAAUUGCACUGCAUGUUAUUUUUAGACUUGUUACUACCUUCAUCACAACAGUAGUUUAAAACAACCUUUUCUAUCAUGCAUUUUUUUUUGGUCAGGUUUAUGUCUGUAGCUGAAAGUUCUUUUAAACAUUUGAAGGAGGGCCAGUAAGUGAUGAGUGCUGCAUAUAAAUUAUAAUAGACUAUCACGUUUCCUACAUUUCCUUCCCACAUUACAUUUGUGCAGAAGAUAUCGAAUGGUUUGACUCCUAUGUACAGUACAUCUUCAUGUGGUAUUUUAUAAGCUGUUCUUAUAAACAGGUGGACAUCUCUGAGAAGCUAAUAAUUAUUACAGCACAUUCAGUUCAGACAUGCACAAUGUUGUACACAUUAACAAAAAUAGUUAAAACUUAUAGCAAAAGUAAAUUCGUAUAUGAAAACAAAUAUUGUAAUGCUGUUAUUGACUUGACUUCCCAAACUGUAGUUUUAAACGUGGGGUUGAUGAAUCUAGAUAAUUAUUACUAAAGUGUGCAGUCCUAAUCUUCCUUAUUACUCUGCAUUUAUGAUGUACCCCUUAACAUAUGUAAAAAUAGGGAGUUUAUAUAGGGUUAGUGUUUAACAAGUUACAAUUUAUGAACAACUGCAACAAUAUGAGACCUGCCCAAUCAGAUAAAUAAGUGUUACACAGUUUUUGAAGGUUCGUGUCUUUGCAGCUGCUACUAACCUGUUGUAUGUGUUUAUUUUAUUUUAAGGUGCGGUUGCCAGUCUUUCAAAGGAAAACAAACUAGUCUUCUCUUCCCUAGAAAUACUGAAUUUCCUUUUUUAACUUAAACCAAAAUGUCACUUCCAAAGUUAAACUAAAUUAAACUCAUUUUUGUGCUAUUUUUAAUUGAUAUAUCACCAGUUACUAAUCUUUGAGUAAAAAGUAAUAAAAUAUCAAGGAAAUAAUUGCAGAUGAAAAAAGAAAA